AUGGCUAGUUUAUUAAUUGGAAUGGGAUUUACUAUUUUUAUUACAUAUGCAAGUGUGGCUGAAGUGGAAUAUGUUGCUGGAUUGUGUGGAUUUUCAUUGAUUUCACUCGGAAUUUUCACAAUUGUUCUCACUAUUAUCAAGUAUAAUUGGGUUGCAGGAAGAGGGAUUUCUGAAAUUUAUCACUACGACAAGUUAUUGAGACCUCGAGAUUCAAUGCAUGAAGGAUUUUUGGAAUAUAACAGUGCUAAUUAUAGUAAUGCCACCAGUAAUAACAGUAGAUAUUCAAGACAAUAUAAUGACAGUACUUAUUAUGACCCUCAAUAUGAGGAAGAAUUGAAGCCAGUUGGGUUAAUGAGAAGAGACAAUAGAGUUUCACCUCUCACUGAUGAAAACGGAAAUGGUUUCGCUGACAGAGCUAAGGAAUCAUUUAAAUUGACCAAGUAUUGCAUGUGUAACAUGUGUGUCAAGGGAUGCCUUCUCAUAACUUUCUGGAUUCCAUUAUUGGUCUUAUCUGCCCUCUACUUGUAUCAAUCGAUUGGUUAUGCAGUUGAUGAAGUAUUGCCAAGUGGUAAACUCAUGCAAAUAACCCUCUCUGAUGGAUCCACCUACAGACUUCACAUUGAUUGCAGAGGAGAUUCAAAUAAUAAGUAUCCAACUGUGGUGAUAGAUUCAGGUUUGGGCAUUUCAAGCUCUGGUGUCUAUUGGUCUGAUAUUCAAAGUGCAAUUUCAAAUCAUUCAAAGAUUUGUGUCUACGAUAGAGCUGGUUAUGGAUUUAGUGAUAAUGGUUAUUUCCCUCGUUCUUCCCUUCAAAUUGUAGAAGAAUUGAACACACUAUUGAAGACAUCAAAUAUCACAGAAAAAAUUCUCCUUGUUGGUCACUCAUUUGGUGGAAUGAAUGUUAGACUCUAUGCCAGUAAAUAUCCUGAGAGUGUUGCUGGUUUGCUCCUUAUUGAUCCAUCCCAUGAAAAUCAAACUACACUCCUCAGAGCAGCUGAAGGUAAGAGUAUCGAACCAUCAGCAAUUGAAAAGGAUCAAUUAAUUGAAAAAGCAUAUCUCAAUACUGCUAGAGUUUUAUCUCCUUUAGGUUUUCUCAGAUUGACCUCUGCAGUCCAAGGUACUGAAAUUAUCAAUCCAUUUAGCAAACCUUAUUUGACCAGUCUCCAAUCUAAAACUCUUUCAUUUACUGCACUUUCCAACAAACAAUCAAACGUAGUCUACUCUGAAGGAACUAACUUUGCAACACUUUCAGCUCAACAAGUAUACGAAAAUAGAGGAAAUGGAUUUGGAAAUUUACCACUUGUUGUUUUGAGAGCUGGUGCCAACCUUAAUGGAACAUGUGCUGAAAACCACCUUAAAGAAGAUUCAGAAUUGUGUUCUCAAUUCAUCAAAUACAUGAUUCCAAGAGCUAAGGCACUUGACACUCUUGUCGAUGAUAUUCUCUCACUCUCCACAGAAUCAUCUCAGGAAAUUGUUUGGGGUUCCUCACACAACAUUGCCAUCGAUAAUCCACAAGCAGUCAUUGAGAAUAUUUUAAGUUUAUUGGCAAAAACUAAAUAA